UUAAAGCCAGUCAGUGGCACAAAGAGAUAUACAUCUCCUUCAAAUACUGACGUUAUGUUGCGCUGACAACCAAACACAAUUCAAUAUCACUUUCGAAAGACAGACUAUUAACUUGUGGUUAGAGCGGUGAGAGCGUUGGACUAGUAACCGGAAGGUUGCGAGUUCAAACCCCCGAGCUGACAAGGUACAAAAUCUGUCGUUCUGCCCCUGAACAAGGCAGUUAACCCACUGUUCCCAGGCCGUCAUUGAAAAUAAGAAUAUGUUCUUAACUGACUUGCCUGGUUAAAUAAAGGUAUAAAAAUAAAAAACUUGUUAACAAAUUAUAUUUUGGAUUUAUGUCUCCAACUAAAUACAAAAAUACAAGUUCAAGAAUAGGAUGAAGUAAGUGGCUCAGAUUAAACUAUCCAAGUCUUAGAUAUCCUUGAUAUUUUGGUUGCAUUGUAAACCAAACACAAGUCAAUAUUACUUUUGUAACACAGAAAAAUAGACUAAAGUUAAGGCUACCUUACAAACGAAUGUAACGUUAUUUCUUCAACCUUAAAAAUGAGUUUCAUCUAUGACCACAUUUUGAGGUUGAGGUCAGUCUGUUGUAACUAUAAAAUGUUUUUAUUUAUUUAUGUAAUCAUAGAAAGCGUUCCUGUUCAAGAUGGCGUGGAAAGGUUGCAGUUCUGUGUAAAUCUUCACAAUUUCUAUGAUAUAAUCUGACCCGAAUCUCCAACCGCAUUGAUCACUUGCACAAUGUACUUUUUAAUGUGAUCUCAACUGUAAUCGUUUGGUUCUGCUAUUAGAUGAAGCACAGUGAUAACACAUUAAGUUGUUGUAUAAGUACAAAAUACCUGACAUUGUUUUUCCAUUGUUAUUUGGUUGUGCUUUUAGAUGGUUGAAAACAUAGUGAUAUUAGGAUAAUAUCAAUAAAUAAAUAAAUAGCAUUAGGAUUUCAACAAACUUCUAGCUGUCUUUUUGAGUGGGUGAAAAAACAUUUAAAUAUCAUUGGAUCAACGUCUUAAUGAAAUAUUACCCAAUUUUCCACGUUUAAAUGACAUGUUGUGCCCAGUAGGAAAGGAUUAUUGACCUUUGAACCCAGCAUCGAUUUGUCUGUGCCUUGCUGUCUCCCUGACCUAAUCAGUGGCCAAAGUCCUCUCUGCCUCUCACACAGACACAGUCAGUACUCUCAGAGUCUGUUUAAAUGUGGACGUCUUCCUCUCAGACUAACCUGCGCAGUCACUUUCUACCAGGCCACCAUGCUUCCCCGUACCGUAUCCUUCCUCCUGCUCUUCAUCUUCCUCUCCUCUGGGAUGUCUGCUUCUCUGGUCAGCAGGACAACCCGCGAAGAGGACGGCCCUCCUGCUGUUCCGACCACGUUCAGGGUUGCCACCUCUGCUGCUGUAGGUGUUCUGUCGGAGGUUGAUGCCGUGCAGGCAGGUGGCCCGGUCGUUGAUGAUACUCCUUCAGCUGAGGCUGUGGCAGAAGCCCUAGUGACAAAUGAGCUUGUUACAGAUGCCGCUGUAGCUGACGAGGUUGUAGCCGAAGAGCCGGAUGAGGACACCCCAGUUGCUGAUGCUCUGGUAGCAGAUGCCCCUGUAGACGCCUUUAUCAUGACAGAAGAAGAAAAAGAGGCCCUGAUAACAGAAGCAAUGAUUAAAGAGUUGUCUGCCCGGGUGGAGAAGGAAGAACUCGCUGAAGAGACAGAGAUUCAAGACGCCAUCUUGAAAGAGUUGGCUGACCGGGAGACCCUUGGGAAGGCAGUGGAGGAGCCCAUUGUAGAGGCAGCAGAGGCAGAUGCUCCAGGGGAGGAUCCAGCCAGCUCUGAGAUACCUGUCUUCGAAGCCCAGGAAGAGGACUCUGGAUGGGGGUUGGCUUCCGUCAGAGAGAGCCUCCAGGCAGCCAACGGAUACUUUGACUCUCUUGUGGAACUGAUGGGGGGACGCAAUGGAGUGUGUCAAUACAAGUGCAAAUACGGUAAAACACCUGUGCAUCGCUAUGGUUACGUGACCCCAGAGCCCAACGGUUGCAGCUCCAACCUCCUAGGAUUCCAGGUACCUGACGGUUUUGACAUUGGCAUCCCAGCCAUGACUCAGUGCUGUAACCAGCUGGACAGUUGUUACGACACCUGUGGCUCCAACAAGUACCGCUGCGACUCCAACUACCGCUGGUGUCUCCACGCUAUCUGCUCUGACCUGAAGAAAAGCUUGGGGUUCGUGUCAAAGGUCAAAGCCUGUGAGACCGUAGCAGAUGCUCUGUACAACACAGUGUGGACGCUGGGCUGCAGAUCCUUCAUGAACAGCCAGAGGGAAGCAUGUCACUGUGAGGGAGAGGAGAGGGAUGAGCUGUAGAGGACCAGGCUGGGAGGAGAGGGAUGAGCUGUAGAGGACCAGGCUGGGAGGAGAGGGAUGAGCUGUAGAGGACCAGGCUGGGACACAACACUACUCAACACGAGAGAAAGCUGGGAGGAGAGGGACGAGCUAUAGAGGACCAGGCUGGGACACAACACUACUCAACACGAGAGAAAGCUGGGAGGAGAAGGACGAGCUAUAGAGGACCAGGCUGGGACACAACACAACACUACUCAACACGAGAGAAAGCUGGGAGGAGAGGGACGAGCUAUAGAGGACCAGGCUGGGACACAACACUACUCAACACGAGAGAAAGCUGGGAGGAGAAGGACGAGCUAUAGAGGACCAGGCUGGGACACAACACAACACUACUCAACACGAGAGAAAGCUGGGAGGAGAGGGACGAGCUAUAGAGGACCAGGCUGGGACACAACACAACACUACUCAACACGAGAGAAAGCUGGGAGGAGAGGGACGAGCUGUAGAGGACCAGGCUGGGACACAACACUACUCAACACGAGAGAAAGCUGGGAGGAGAAGGACGAGCUAUAGAGGACCAGGCUGGGACACAACACAACACUACUCAACACGAGAGAAAGCUGGGAGGAGAGGAACGAGCCGUAGAGGACCAGGCUGGGACAAUACACUACACUACCCAGCACAACACAACACUACUCAACACGAGAGAAAGCUGGGAGGAGAAGGACGAGCUAUAGAGGACCAGGCUGGGACACAACACUACUCAACACGAGAGAAAGCUGGGAGGAGAAGGACGAGCUAUAGAGGACCAGGCUGGGACAAUACACUACACUACCCAGCACAACACAACACUACUCAACACGAGAGAAAGCUGGGAGGAGAAGGACGAGCUAUAGAGGACCAGGCUGGGACACAACACUACUCAACACGAGAGAAAGCUGGGAGGAGAAGGACGAGCUGUAGAGGACCAGGCUGGGACAAUACACUACACUACCCAGCACUACACAACACAACACUACUCAACACGAGAGAAAGCUGGGAGGAGAAGGACGAGCUAUAGAGGACAUGCAGGACAAUAUCCUCUUGCGAGAAUCAUCAAUGGGAAAAGGGUGCUUGGAACUCAAUGGAUUCAUACAGUGGGACUUCACACCGCACAAAUUAGAAUAUUACUUUAUUAUUAACCUAGAAAAUAUUUGUAAAAAUUCUAUUACCACAUGAAAACACGACAGAGGUUUUACGCUUGAUGAGGAAAGACUUUACCAAUGAGUUAAUAGUGGUUAUUAUGUAGAA